GCGGCGAGCGCACGGGCGCCGCGGGCGCCAUGGAGCAGUGGCGGCAAUGCGGCCGCUGGCUCAUUGACUGCAAGGUCCUGCCGCCCAACCACCGCGUCGUGUGGCCCUCGGCGGUGGUCUUCGACCUGGCGCAGGCUCUGCGCGACGGCGUCCUGCUGUGCCAGCUGCUGCACAACCUUUCCCCCGGCUCCAUCGACCUUAAGGACAUCAACUUCCGACCGCAGAUGUCCCAGUUCCUGUGUCUGAAGAAUAUUCGCACCUUCCUCAAAGUCUGCCAUGACAAAUUCGGACUAAGGAACAGUGAGCUGUUUGACCCCUUUGACCUCUUUGAUGUCCGAGACUUCGGGAAGGUCAUCUCUGCGGUGUCCCGACUGUCCCUGCACAGCAUCGCACAGAACAAAGGGAUCAGGCCCUUUCCCUCAGAGGAGACAACUGAGAAUGACGAUGACGUUUACCGGAGCCUGGAAGAGCUGGCUGACGAGCAUGACCUGGGUGAGGACAUCUACGACUGUGUCCCGUGUGAAGAUGAAGGCGACGACAUCUAUGAGGACAUCAUCAAGGUGGAGGUACAGCAGCCCAUGAAAAUGGGCAUGACUGAGGAUGACAAGAGAAGCUGCUGCUUGUUAGAGAUUCAGGAGACCGAGGCCAAGUACUACCGCACCCUGGAGGACAUUGAGAAGAACUACAUGGGCCCCUUGCGGCUGGUGCUGAGCCCAGCGGACAUGGCCGCCGUCUUCAUCAACCUGGAGGACCUCAUCAAGGUGCAUCACAGCUUUCUUCGAGCCAUCGAUGUGUCCAUGAUGGCUGGUGGCAGUACCCUGGCCAAGGUCUUUCUAGAAUUCAAGGAAAGGCUCCUGAUUUAUGGAGAGUACUGCAGCCACAUGGAACAUGCUCAGACUACCUUGAACCAGCUCCUUGCCAGCCGGGAGGACUUCAGGCAGAAAGUGGAGGAGUGCACGCUUAAGGUCCAGGAUGGCAAGUUCAAGCUGCAAGAUCUGCUGGUGGUGCCCGUGCAGCGGGUGCUGAAGUACCACCUGCUGCUCAAGGAACUCCUGAGCCAUUCUGCAGACCGGCCAGAACGACAGCAGCUCAAAGAAGCACUGGAGGCCAUGCAGGAUUUGGCCAUGUACAUCAACGAAGUGAAACGGGACAAAGAGACCUUGAAGAAGAUCAGUGAGUUCCAGUGUUCCAUAGAGAACCUGCAAGUGAAGCUGGAGGAAUUUGGGAGGCCGAAGAUUGAUGGGGAACUGAAAGUCCGCUCCAUAGUCAACCACACCAAGCAGGACAGGUAUCUGUUCCUGUUUGACAAGGUGGUUAUCGUGUGUAAGAGGAAGGGCUACAGUUAUGAGCUGAAGGAGGUCAUUGAGCUGCUCUUCCACAAGAUGAGUGAUGACCCUAUGCACAACAAGGACGUCAAGAAGUGGUCCUAUGGCUUCUACCUGAUUCACCUCCAAGGAAAGCAAGGUUUUCAGUUCUUCUGCAAGACGGAGGACAUGAAGCGGAAGUGGAUGGAGCAGUUCGAGAUGGCCAUGUCAAACAUCAAGCCAGACAAGGCCAAUGCCAACCAUCACAGCUUCCAGAUGUACACGUUUGACAAGACCACCAACUGCAAAGCCUGCAAGAUGUUCCUCAGGGGUACCUUCUACCAGGGUUACCUGUGUACCAGAUGUGGCGUCGGGGCACACAAGGAGUGCCUGGAGGUGAUGCCCCCCUGCAAGAUCAGUUCUCCCGCAGACUUGGAUGCUCCUGGAGCAGGACCAGGUCCCAAGAUGGUUGCUGUGCAGAAUUACCAUGGUAACCCAGCCCCUCCUGGGAAGCCAGUGUUGACCUUCCAGACAGGUGAUGUGAUAGAGCUGCUCCGAGGUGACCCCGAUUCUCCUUGGUGGGAGGGGCGACUGGUUCAAACCCGGAAGGCAGGGUAUUUUCCCAGCUCAUCUGUGAAGCCUUGCCCAGUGGAUGGAAGGCCACCUGUUGGCCGCCCACCAUCCCGAGAGCUUGAUUAUACCGCAUACCCAUGGUUUGCUGGCAACAUGGAAAGGCAGCAGACGGACAAUCUGCUCAAGUCUCAUGCCAGCGGGACCUACCUCAUCAGAGAGCGUCCGGCAGAGGCUGAGCGUUUCGCCAUCAGCAUCAAGUUCAAUGACGAGGUGAAACAUAUCAAGGUGGUGGAGAAAGACAACUGGAUCCAUAUCACGGAAGCCAAGAAGUUUGAGAGCCUCCUGGAGCUGGUCGAGUACUACCAGUGCCACUCACUCAAGGAAAGCUUCAAGCAAUUGGACACUACACUCAAGUUCCCCUACAAGUCUCGGGAGCGGGCUGCCACCAGGGCCUCAAGCCGGUCUCCAGCUUCCUGUGCUUCCUACAACUUUUCUUUUCUCAGUCCUCAGGGCCUCAGCUUUGCCCCUCAGGGCCCCUCCGCUCCCUUCUGGUCAGUGUUCACGCCACGGGUCAUCGGCACAGCUGUGGCCAGGUACAACUUCGCUGCACGAGACAUGCGGGAGCUGUCUCUUCGGGAGGGUGACGUGGUGAAGAUCUACAGCCGAAUCGGCGGGGACCAGGGCUGGUGGAAAGGCGAGACGAAUGGACGGAUCGGUUGGUUUCCUUCGACGUACGUGGAAGAGGAGGGUGUCCAGUGAGGGCGAGACCUGGACAGGACUCUUGGACGUUCUUGGGAGUCUCCCUACUUUGGAAGUCCACCUCUGACUUCUCCAUAGCUCUGGGAACUGCCUGCCAAGCCGGCAGCUGUUAUGGCCCAUAGGGAUGGGGAGGGUGUCCCACCGUCACCUGCCCUAGGUGGCCUGCCCCUGGGUACAUUCCUUGUACAUAGAGGAAAUCUGUGCUGGCCACACCCAGAGCACCAAGAAGAGGGAGCUCAGGCAAUGUGGCCAGGCAGGGGUGGAUAACAGCCAAGGUCAGAAACCACCGCCUGUCCCUCUGGCUUAGAUGGUUAUUGGGGAACCUAGAACUCAACUCAUGGUGUGCCAGGGGCUGCUGGGGACAGCAGAGGGGGGCCCACCCAGCCCCAUCUGCAGCCCUGCACUGAUCUGCCUGUCUUUUCUGCUGCUCCUAGAGUAGGUGUCAGGUCUGGGAGGCAGGCAGGACCAGAGCCAGUCCGUGCUAUAGCACACACUAGGCCCAGCUGGGAGAGAGAGCUCUCACAGGGGCCGCUGAGUCAUGCUAGCUCUGGAGUUUUCCUGACUGCCUCCUUUCCUAACACACCAGGGUCCUGCUGAGUGCUGACUGGGCAGGCCCCUCCCUCGUGAGGGGUCUUUGGAAUGAUGACAUUGCUGACCCACUGUAGCCCACCCGGUCAGUGGUACUGCUCUUUGCUUGUUGAAACCCCUUUCCUGAGCCAGGAAACAGGUCUCCUGGCCCUGCUGCCAGGGGACACAUCUGUGAACCCCAAAGGGCAGAGAGAAAGCCAGGUUCCCCUUCCCACGGCCUCUUUUCUCUCCAGGAGGCAGGCUUAGGUCUUCUGCAUUCCAAACUAUGGCCCCUAGGAAUCUUGCUAGCCUUUGCACUAGAUGUUGGGUCUAGCCCCAGCAGAAGUCUGCGCAAGGAUUUCUGCAGCCCACACACUGGGCCUAUGGCCAACUCAAAAUAAGUGCUCUUGGGGUAUCUCAGCCCCUUCACCUCCUUCUCCUGGUGCUUCCUGGCCUUUGACCUCUGGCUUGCUUGGCCAGCCCCUAUUUCCUUCCCUCAGAGUUCUGUGUGAAAGCUUAUGUGAAGACACAGAUUUCUUGGGGGCCCUUCCUCCCUUCAUCUAGCUGCCUAGUCCUGGGUGAGGAGGGAGCCAAGGCUAGGGACAUUGUCCCUGCUGGAGUGGGACAAUGCACUCCCUACCUUGUACCUGGGGACACUUUCCAAAGUUGGCCUCUAGCUUGGUGCCCACAUACAGCAUGCUGGGAUGUCGGGGGAGGCAGGGAGGGAUUCAGAAGAUGGAGAAAAACAGGAAGUGACAUACCCUGGAAAGCCUCAAGCUAUGAGAAGCUGGUGUGGCCAAGGGUUGGCCUCGGAGAGAUUUUUGCACAGCUCCCCGGCCCAGCCUGCCCUGCCCAAGUGCAGACUGUGGAGAGGGCUCUGUCAGGCCUGCCAUAUGAAUGCCCUCAUAACACCCUUGUG